AAAAAAGAAAAAAGUAGCAUCCUGAUGUAGACGCUGGUACAAUACUUCUUUUGUUAAUUUGUUUAAAACAGAACUAUUCAACGUAGCCUGACUAGCAACCACUAAAAUGGACUGGAUGCAAGAAUAUGGGAAGCCGAUUGUUCCAGUAUGUAACAGCACACUCUCCACUGAAAAUUCCCUGCACUUUUCCCUCAUACCUGCUUUGUUCAUUGUGGGAGUGCUGUCAUUCCUCACAAGAAGAACCAAGAAAUAUGCCAUUGACCACAGACUGCCGUUACUACAAGGACGCUUUGGCAUUGUGAUACCCAUGGAUGCUAUGGGCUUCAGUAAUCGCUGGUCAUAUGGAUUUGCUUUUGGAGCUAUUUCCUACAGUGUGUUGGAGCUCUUCAGGGAACGACACAUACCUAAAGUUUUUCCAGAUUGGGCCAAAGCUGUAGCUUAUUUAAUUGGAGCCUUUGAAGUGGGCCUGGCAUAUUUCCCCUUUUUUGCUUGUCUGUCAACACCGUACAAGGCGACUGGGGCUGUGAUGGGAAUAUGCUACUCCAUAUUCUGGAUUACUCUUGUUGGCUGGGAUUGGAUUACUUGCCCCAAUGUUGAGAAAUGGUGGAACUACCAGAAGCCGAUUUACCAGUGGCCUUGGAUUCUCUCUCUCAUCUUCCUCUUAGGACGUUUUGUUUGCUUGCUGGUAAAAGCUGUGUGCAAACAGUGUAAGGCCGAGCAGGAGGACUGCGAGGAGCUCAUGCACACUCAUCAGACUGAACAUGUAAAGAGGCUGCUGAGGAAGACGGCUGCAAACAGUAACUCAUUGAACUGGUUCCAGAGACGUGUCUAUGAGUGGGACCCUCACUUCAAGUUUCCCAACCGGCUCAUUGGGACUGCCAUUAUAUCUCUUCUAACUCUUUAUAUGAUCAUUCUAAAAGACCUUGCAUGGGCCUCUGCUAUAUUUAACUGGAUUGACGUUCCUGGAAAUACACCAGAGUUGUUCGAUGUCAUGCGGAAGUGUCACCAUGUUACACUUGUAUCAGCGGGUCUCAACAUGGUGGUCUAUGUUUGCCAUGUUUUGGUCUGUUACAGAAAACAGAUAAAGAGACUGUGGAAAGGGCACAAGGAUUUUCUGCCAAAGAAGUUACAAAAUCCAAGUUCUGCUGCCAGUGUGGCCUCUAUUGCAAAAUACUCUGGUUGGCAAAUAGCAUUCAGUCUUUGGGGUUAUGCGAUUAUCCGCAUCGUUCACUUUUUGGCUGCCUUUCUAAUCGCUUAUGGAUUUGUCUUACAAAUAAAACAUGGUUUUGGGAUGGAGCUACUCAAAUCAGUGGGGACCCUAUUGGUAACGUUUGGCUUAUUGUUUGCUCUCCUCAAACUCCAAGUUCUUCUGGUUAAGUAUUUCUUCCUUCAAGACAAAAUAUCUCCGACUGAUGACAAAAAGCCUCUUGCCCUCAAUAACAGGAAUGCAUUUAACUGCUUCAACUACUUCUUCUUCUUCUACAAUGUGGUGAUGGGGAUAACGAGCUGUUUCCUCCGGAUGAUGAUCAGCUUCAUGUUGGGGACGUGGCUGGUGUCUCGCAUCGACCGGACCAUCAUGCAGAAAGGAUAUGAGAAGUUAGACAGGGGUUUUUGUACAUGGAUUGGGAUGAUUUUUGCUGAUCACUACCACAGCAACCCAGUGAUGGUGUGCUUCUGUCAGCUUCUGAUUUCUCAUGUUCAAGACGUACAACAUGACUCCAGCUACUCCAUACUCAACAACGCCCCCUGCGAUCCAGCACACGGCCGGGCUAAGAAGCGCUGGAGAUUGUUUUACACGUUACUCAAGAACCCUCAUCUGAUCCCACUCCGGAAGCACCACCUCCGCGCUAAUGUCCCCCUGAAGUUAUCCUCCUCACCGCAGGCAGAUAUUGUGGUGCGGGCCUGGCUCAUGCGCUCGCAGGCGGCAACAGAGCUGGUCUCAGAUAACUACUGAAACUGUCAUGUGACCAACCCAAACACCUGGUUUACAUAUAGGCCUGUCACGAUAAUAUAUAUAUUGCUGAAGUAAAUAUAGAUGAUAAGUGAUUUAAAAAAAAUCAUAAAUACAGCAGAAUGAAACACUUUAGUAGUAGUUUUGUUUUAGUUUGCAUCUGUAAUGAGUCAAAGAAGUUAUUAAUUCACCCUUUUGCAGCUUAAAUCUUAUCGUAUAGCAAAAAAUGUUCCUGUAGUGCAAAGAAAAUUUAAUUAAUACUGACCGCAAAAUAAUAGUCAAUAUAGUAAUUAUCAUGACAGGGCUAAUUACACAAAAAAUGUCAGGAGUAUAUCAAAUCACUGUUACUUAAAUGCACUACUUAAGCCUGCACUUGAAUGUUCAUUGUAUUAUAGUUUUGUUGGAUCAUUGUCACAGCUUGGUUCAGAUUAGUUGGCUGUUACAGAUUGAGACUUAUAGAUCUUGACUUCUACUUUUAGGGUAUUACCAAGAUCAUUUUCUUUUCUUUUUUGGAGAAAGACCAAAAAAGAAGGUUGUAAAUGGUGCCAUACCGAUGUCGUAUUGUAUUGAAAGUUGUUUUAUUUUUUCAUUUUUCAGAUAUUUUAUAUAUUUUUUACUGUUUUUAAGAUGAGACAGUGUUUUGGUUUUUUUUAUACCUUGAUGUGCAUUUUAUAAUGGUUAGAAGCACAGAUUGUUACCAAAAAUUUUGGUUUUGUGCUGUUGUUUCUUUUUAUACAAAGACUAAAUAAAGGUCAUGACUUUUAUUAAAGUGUAUAUUUUAUUUAACAGGAAAUGUAGACCUCCAAUACCAGGUUAUAGUGAUACAGUGUUCUUUCUGGAACAUGCAAGCUGCAUUAAAAUUUUUCAGCAC